UGUCCUGGCAUCAGAAUGUCUGGACGUGGAAAGAAGCCUGCAAAGCCUGUUGCUUCCCGGAAAACCAGGUCUGCCAGAGCUGAACUGCAAUUCCCAGUAGGCCGCAUUGAGCGGUUCCUGAGACGAGGUCUGUAUGCUGAAAGAGUAGGUAGAGGAGCUGCUGUGUUCCUGACAGCUGUGUUGGAGCAUCUGACAGCUGAAGUACUGGAGCUCGCAGGAGAGGCUGCCUCAGAAAACAAGAAACAGAGAAUUGGGCCACGACACAUCUUGCUGGCUGUGAAGGGUGAUCAUGAACUUUGCAAUUUGUUUGCAGGGGUGACCAUUUCUGCAGGAGGUGUUUUGCCCAACAUCCUUCCCCAACUUGUUCCUAAGAAAACUCUUCCAGGUGGACCUGAUAUAUGACUGUGUGUGGCUUUUUGCUUUCUGAAUGGCUGAAAUUUGUUUACUUGCACUUGUAACUUAUGCUCAAUCACUUUAAUGGGUUUUGUACUAAUAAAACUCCUGGAAUACA